CUCGCCCUCCUCCCUCUCUCCCCCUCCUGUCUCCGGAUCUCCCUCGCUCCCUCUCUCCUCCUCUUCCUCUCUCCUCCUCUCCGGACGCCGGGCUCCUCCGCACCCCUCCCCGGGAGCCCCGCGGCGCUGCUCCUCACCCUUACCUCCAGGCAGCCAUGGCCACUAUCCCUGACUGGAAGUUACAGCUGCUAGCUCGGCGCCGGCAGGAGGAGGCAGCCCUUCGUGGUCGUGAGAAGGCGGAGCGGGAGCGGCUGUCCCAGAUGCCAGCCUGGAAAAGGGGUCUCCUGGAGCGCAGACGGGCCAAGCUUGGUCUGUCUCCUGGAGAGCCUAGCCCUGUGCCUGGGACUACAGAGGCUGGACCUCCAGACCCAGAUGAAUCCACGGUGCUCCUGGAGGCCAUCGGGCCAGUGCACCAGAACAGAUUCAUUCGCCAGGAGCGGCAGCAGCAGCAACAGCAGCAGCAGCAGCAGCAGCAGCGGAGUGAAGAGCCACUUCCCGAGAGAAGGCCUGGACCUUUGGAGGCUCGUGAGCGAAGACCCAGCCCUGGGGAGACGCGGGAUCAAAGCCCCAAGGGAAGAGAGUCUAGAGAAGAGUGGCUCAGUCCCAGGGAGGCCAGAGAGAGGAGGCUGGGGGUAGGGGGAGCUCGAGAGUCGAGCCCCAGGACUUUGGAGGCCCAGGACCAGAGUCCAGGAGAGUCUGGCGACAGGAACUCCAGACUGCCAGAGCCCCAGAAAUGGAGGCUGAGCCCUGGAGAAACUUCAGAGCGGAGUCUAAAGCUGGCAGAACCUAGAGAACAAAGCCCCAGGAGAAAAGAGGUGGUGGCGAGUAGACUGAGCCCAUCGGAGGCUGACAACCAGAAGUUGGGCUUAACAGAGGCCCACAAAUGGAGGCCUGACUCUGGAGAGUCCCAAGAACAGAGCGUGCUGCAACUGGAGGCAUCAGAGUCGAGGCUAAAUUCAGGAGAAGAAAGAAAAAACUGCUCCGAGGAAUGCGGGAGAAAAGAAGAGAGGCCAGUUCCAAGGAUGGCCUCUCCAGAGAUUACAGGGCCGUCAGAAACCCUGACAAGGGACAUGCCAGACCACAGCCCUGGAAGAACGGAGGCAGCUGAACAGAGGCCCAGCACUGUGGAGGAUGGUGAGAGGGGCUUAAGGCCGACAGAAGGGUGGAAAUGGACCCUGCACUCUGGGAAGGUUCGAGAAUGGACACCCAAGGACAUAGAAACUCGAACUCAGAAACCAGAACCUCCAGAGACAACUGAGAAGUGUCUGGGGCCUUUUGGUGUAGGGGAAGGGGAGCCUGAGAAGGAGGCGAGGGCUCAGGGCAGGCCUCUGGGUGCCCUGCAGAACCGCUGCUCUGUGCCCUCCCCCCUCCCACCAGAGGACACUGGGACUGGAGUCUCUAGACUGCAGGAAGAGGAAGCAGUGGAACCCCAGCCCCCACCAGCCCCACCUGCCCCCCAGUCUCCUGGGGAUCCCCUCAUGAGCCGUCUCUUCUAUGGGGUGAAGGCAGGGCCAGGGGUGGGGGCCCCACGCCGCAGCGGACACACCUUCACAGUCAACCCCCGAAGGUCCAUGCCCCCUGCAACCCCAGCCACUCCAGCUACUCCAGCCACAGCGGAUGCUGCAGUCCCCGGGGCUGGGAAGAAGCGGUACCCGACUGCUGAGGAGAUCUUGGUUGUGGGGGGCUACCUUCGCCUCAGCCGCAGCUGCCUUGUGAAGGGGUCCCCUGAGAGACACCACAAACAGCUCAAGAUCUCCUUCAGCGAGACAGCCCUGGAGACCACGUACCAAUACCCCUCCGAAAGUUCCGUUCUGGAAGAACUGGGUCCAGAGCCUGAGGGCCCCAGUGCCCCCAGCCCCGCCGCGACCCAACCCGACGACGAAGAGGAUGAGGAGGAGCUGCUUCUGCUGCAGCGGGAGCUGCAGAGCGGGCUGCGCACCAAAGCCCUGCUAGUGGAUGAGUCCUGCCGCAGGUGACCGUCUUCCAACACAGGGCUCUACCUUCCUCCUUCCCAGAACUGAAGGUCUCAGAACCCAGAAGAUUCAGAGCAGACAGACCCUGAAAAUGAGCCUGGCAGGGAAGGGCAACCAAUAUCUUCCAACUUACUUUCCUCAUCCUAUUUCUGGGGGGCAGAGCCAAUCACCCAGUUUCCACCCUUCCCCGAGGUCCGUGUUAUGAGUGGUGCGGGCAUGCUAAUGUAUCCACCAUGCUAGUGGUUUCCAAGAGUGAGCACCACAUCCUGGGGAGGAGCACAGAGCUCAUGGUGGGGGGGGCAGCAAUGGAGCACCCCUUCCAUCCCCGUAGGCAGGGUGCACUCUCCUUAUAGUCACCCUUGACCCCUAAACCCCCUGCGUGCUGUCAGGAUUUAAGCACCUAUCUCCCUGGGAGGCCUGGUCCUCACUCCAUUUCCAGGCACUUUCUCCCUCCUGUUCCUUAGGUCACUGCCCCUUUGUUUACAGUUCCCACCUCUUCCCUUGACCACAGUCUCGUUUACAAACCGCAUCAGCUCGCAGCCUCAUCUGCCAAAGUCCCAGGUUUACAAGUCAUGCCUACUUGCUGUGUCCAUGUGAAAUCCUCUCCCCUGUCCCCUACAGUCACUUCAUUUGAGUGACUAGGGGUGUAAUUUCUUCCAAUUUUGCUCAGUAUUACUAUGCCUCGGCUUUCCCCAAGAGGGAAGGCUGGGAAUUUGAACUCCAUGCCCUACCAGAGUUAUUUAAUUCUGUUUUCCCUAGUAAUUUACUAUUGAAUCGAAUAGCAAAGGUAUAGGAUGCCUAAGGAGGGCAUCUCAAUUGUCCCCCAUUUUUUCCUUCUUUAUCAUUUGCCUGUUUUUUUUUUUUUAAAAAAAAACAACUUUCCAUAAUAAAAUGGAGCUUUCUCUGACUCUUCAGCUGCUUCCCCUUCUUUCAGGGAAAAAAUGUACAAUUGGGGAGGCUCUGGGUUCCUCAUUCCAAGCCUCCUCCAGCUUCCUAUCAGCCAUAGAGAGGAAGUAGCCAUGGCUGUGGGAAGAGAAAUGAUAGGGAUGGAGCAGGGACUCAGCACUCACAUGCAGGAAGGGUUCUGGGAGCCCUGUACUAGUUUCUUGAAGAGCCUCAGUGAGGAAGGACUAGUGAGGAAGGGCACUUGAGGCAUCCGGCAGACUGCAAGUUCCUAGAGGGCAGAUCACAUUGGCGUGGGGUAGAGUAAGGGAUGGUCAGGCUUUUGUGCCACUGGCCUCUGUGGCUAUCACCUGCAGCCUUGAAUGUAAGAGGCACUUGGGAGCCUGGGCUCGGGGUUCCUGUGACUGAUGGUGGACACCUAAAGUAUGGUGUGGGCAUGUGUAAGUGCACACCUGAGCCAAGAGACUGAGGAUAUAAAGGCAGCAUCACACAGAGAACAAGGGAAGCAGAAGGGCUACGGGGGAAUGCUAGAGAGAGCGCAAAGAGAAAGAGUAAAGAUUCCUGGCCCCUCGGUCCCCUCUGCCCUGCAUCUGGUUGCCUCAUCACAAAUGGUGUAGAAAAAUCAUUAAAAGCCUGAAAAAGGGACUUCCCGGUGGCACAGCGAGUUGAGUGCAGCAAUGU